UAACAAUCGAUAGUUCAGCGAUAUCGGAGAGCUAUGAUCAAAAUAAAAAAGGAACUUUAUAUGCGUGAUCGAAAGCGUACGUGCGUGACCAUAGAAAAAUGUCUAUUAUGCAAAACAGAAUUGUUUGGCUAUGAAAUUCACGCGAAUCGCGCAAUCACUUUUUCAAUACGGCAUCGUUGCACGGAUUGAUUUUUUGCUGAUUUCAUUGUCUCGUGUCUCGUAUGCUUCUUGCGUUUUUUAGUGCUGCAGGGUGGAGUUUUUCAGACUAGAUUGAUCGCAGCAAAUUUAUGUAACUCUGCAUGGGUUUAUGUAAGAAUAUCUUCUACACUGAUGUUAGUUUUCUAGAGAUUUUAUUUUAUAUCACAAGCCUGUAUUUUAAAAAUUCUAUCGAACGUUUUAGUUUUGUUCGACGUUGUGUUUUACAUCCUGUCAUUCGAUAUUCGAUAUUGAACAUUGAAUUUGGAAACAUUACGUCAUUGAAAAAGUUACAGUUUCCAAUAUCAAGUAUCGAGGAUAUUCGAGCAUCGCAAAUAUUAAAUUCAUUAAAUUAUUAAUCGCGAUUACUAAGAAAAGUUCAAUUCGCUAGUACUAUAUUUGAGCAAUAAAAUCUUCCAAAAUUUAAUUUCUUCCUUCGCGCGCUCCUUAAUGCAACAUAAAACACCAAGCGAAUUUUCAAUAACUUCAUUACGCUAGAAUUAGUCAGAGAAACAAAGAUACGACUUCGAAAGCAAACCAAUAUUUUACACAUGUCUUUUUUACGAUCUUUCCACUUUUCUCUCUUUUUUCUUUUAUUUUAUUGGUAAGAAAGGUUUCAUUCCAAUCACGUACGAUUGUUUAUUCCGAGGACGCGGGACGGCCUUCGUCUUGAUCAACGUAUCAGUUACCUUUCUUACUCCUUCUGCUUUUAUCCCUUCUUCCCAUUUAAUUGCAUUUCGUCCCUGUUCUUUCCCUGAAUCCGCGGCUUACACAUCAAGGUUGUACUCUUGAUUCUCUGAAUAAUAAUUGAGAUAUUGAUUCGAUUACGACAUCGUACGCGAUCUUCCACUAUUUACAUUUUUCCGCCCAUUUUCGAUCGAAAAUCUGUAUCUCUCGAUUAUCGAUUAUUAUCUGUAUUAUUAUCGUUAUCAUGGGAAAGAAUGCGAAUAUGAUAGUAGUUAAAGGGACGAUGAUUGAUUUAUUUCAGAAUAAUGUAUGGAUUACAUUUUACGAACUGUUACGCGAAGUGAUGUGAAAAUUUACGACGCUGAUUGAGAUAUAAUGGAACGUUACAUUUCGGAAAUUGAGAAAACUGGAAAAAUUGAGAAAAUUUGAAAAAUCACAGGAAACCCGGAUCUAUCGAUAAAAUUAGUAUUCCGUGAAUAUACAUACAAUAGAUCGAUACUCUAAGAUCGAGAUUCUGAAGUAACGAUUCUCCAAUUUUUUUUUUUUUUUUUUACGAGGGAUUGUAGAAUUAGACUAUAGAAUAUAAUAGUCUAGAAAGUUCUUUAAAGUGGUGACUCAAAAAUUUGUUUACGAAGGCAAACUUUUUUAAUUCCACAUAUGCAAAUUACUUUCUUUUAAAGAAGUAUCGAAUCGAUCAAUUUAAUGUUCGAAGUACCGAAACAUUUGUCAAAUAUGAAAUAUUUUCAAAUUAAAGAAUGAAAUAUUCAUUUUCUUAAAGUGAAAUGUAACUUAAUUAUUUGUAUCCUUCAGCCAUUUUUACUUAAAGUGUAUUACCUUGGUAAAUGCUUAAACUACUGUCACCUACCCAUGAAUUCUCAAUUAGCCCUUCAACGACUCACUUUACAACUUUCUUAAUAGCUAUAUUUAGUGACUUAUAAAUAUCAAAAGAAUUAUAUCUUACCCUCGGCUCGUAUUGAAAACACCGUACUAAAUAGUUUAUAAAUCAAUUUAUGCUUUAUAACCCAUGGAAUUGAUAAAACCAAUCAUUUAAAACGUACAACAGCGAACAAGCCGUAAAAGUAAUGAGAAAGUGUAAGGUAUAAGUUCUCCAAUUAUCUCUCUUCACUCGCAAAAUACACAAAAGAUAAUUUUACACAAGUAGAAUACUUAAUACCACGUGAGUAUUCUAUCGAAAUUUUUCACAUAAAUGAGAGUACUCUAAAUAUUCUAUUAAGUAUUCUAGUGGUUACAAUACCUACACGUAAUACUUGAAACACUUUACUUAUAUCGAUUAAUAAUACAAGUACAAAAAAUAGGGUAACUAUUACUUAUGAAUGAAUGAAAAAUUAGCUUUUUUUUUAAACGUUCAAAGAUACAGGAAAAUCCAUUCAGAGUAAAAAUUACUAUAUUUAAUUGUACUUGACAAGUAACAUAAGAAACAGUAAACCUCUUACGAAUCGUCACAAAUUUAACCACAUCAAACAUCCAGUGAAAAAUCAAAUUUGGAAAGGUACAAAUAUACGUAGAAAUUCCUGUUUAAGUUCUAUUUUUCUAAUUAUAUUGGGAAACUACGUUAUGAAUUUGCACAAGAAUUCGCCGUCUAAUGAUAUAAAUUAUCGCUAUUCGCCCAAGAUAUCAGUAUCUUGGGACAACGAACGUACCAUUUAUAAGAAAAGAGAAUGGUUGGCAAUUUUUGUCGGACUCCAAGGAGGAAGUUCACCAGUUGCACCUGACCUCGAGAGAUCCUUUUGAAAGACGAGCAGACAAGAGACGGACAGACCAGAGAGUAAUGUCAAUGUCACCACUUUAGGUGUACCAAUUGCUUCCCAGGGUGUGGUCCCCUCCUACGGGUCGACGACUCCCUACCAGAUUCACCUAUAUAAAAGGAGACACCGUGGCUCGACAGGGCAGCACAUCACCGUUGAUACUUUAGGGCGAGUACUGGUUGGAAAACUCACAUUCAACCUGCUAGCAGCGCUUUUCCACGUGACUAACCAUGAGAACGAUAAUCAUCUUCGCUACAAUCUGCACCCUGGCCAUCGCAGAGGCCGGAUACGUGGCUCCAGUGAUACCUUACAGCUACCUCAGAGUGCCAUUAGCCUACGACGGCCACGUUUUGGACACGCCGGAAGUGGCACAGGCGAAAGCAGCGCACCUCGCGACUCAGGCGUACGAGGCGGCCAGGAACACACUCAGCUAUGCUCACGUGCCGGCUCUGUUACGUGUUUAUGCACCUGCACCUGGUGCGCCCAUAGGCGCCGAUGGUCGUGUCGUCGAUACACCCGAGGUCGCGCAGGCGAAAGCUGCUCACUUGACUGCUCACGCGUUGGAGGCUGCGAAGAAUCUAGGACUCUACCCAUACGGUGCCCUGGCUUACGCCUCAACACCUUAUGCUUAUGGAUUUGGAUAUGGUGCUCCCCUUGGUCCUGAUGGUAGAGUAGUGGACACUCCGGAAGUUGUUCGAGCGAAGGUAGCUCAUUUUGCAGCACACGCUGAUGCGGCCGCAAAAACUGUUGAAAAUCUCUGAUUGCCACUGAGAGGAAUAUUUGGAAAGGAUAACGACGCAACUCUAAAAUAAUUUUUUAUCAAUUUAUCCAAUAUUUGGACUAUUUGAAUAUGAAAUGGACGAAUAAUUCUGUAAAA